GUCAACUAUCAAGUGCAGAUGUUUGGCUGAUCCACAACCACAAAAUUUAGUCAAAGGCUACUUCGAUAUAUUUGUUUAAGAAAAGAACAAAAAGAAAAUCAUUAUUGAAUGCCUCAAUCAUUCAUUUGCCUUCCUUUCCCUCAAUCAUUCAAGCUUUGCUCUUAGACCUCAAUUAUGGCGGAAACGUUUCUGUUUGGUAUUGCAGAAAGGGUUGUCGAGAAAAUUGCCGCUCUCACCGUAGACGAAGUUUUCUUGGCGUUUACUGUCCAAACCGAUCUGAAAAAGCUGAAGGACACCAUGAUCAGCAUUAAAGCUGUGCUCUUGGAUGCUGAGCGGCAACAGCACCGAAAUGAAAAGCUGCGCCUCUGUAUGUGGAAGCUCAGAGACAUCUUUUACGAUGCUGAGGACGUUAUUGACGAUUUCAAGUGUGAAACUCUCCGCAAACAGGACUCCAUCAAUCAUUGCAAUACCAAUAGCUCAAAGGUGCGGUUUUUAGCUUCCUGUUGUAAUUGUUUGCCUCUUUCAUUGUCUUUAAAAAUGGCUCAUAAAAUCAAAGCCAUCAAUCGGAGGCUAGGCGAACUUGCCACUGAAUGGAACAGCUUUGAUCUAAGACAGUGUAGCGACAACCGACAUGUUUUUCGCAGAGAGACUAUCUCUUUUGUGGAUUCUUCUGAUGUUAUUGGUAGAGAUGAGGAUAAAGAGAACAUCAUUAACAUGUUGAUGAAACCAAGUGAGCAACGAAGUGUACCUGUCGUUCCCAUUGUUGGACUUGGGGGUUUAGGGAAAACCACGCUUGCGCAAUUGGUAUACAAUGAUGAUCGAGUUACUAGCCUUUUUCCUUUGAAGAUAUGGAUCUGUGUUUCUGAGGAAUUUGAUCUUUCUAGAUUGCUCAAGCUGAUUAUUCAUUCUAUAAAUAAAGAAGAAAAUUGUGAUGAUUUAACACUUGAAGCCUUGCAAUCUUGUUUGAGAAGCCAUUUGAAUGAUAAGAAGUUCUUGCUCGUCUUGGAUGAUGUGUGGAAUGAAAAUCAAGCAAAAUGGGUUGAGUUAAGAAAUUUGUUGAGAUCAACGGAUGGAUUUUCUCCCAGCAAAAUCAUUGUCACCACUCGGAGUUUGAAGGUGGCCUCACUAAUGAGUUCGAUUCCCUCUUAUAUAUUGAAAGGUCUCCCUCUUGAAGACUGUUUGAUAUUGUUUACGAAAUGGGCUUUUAAUGAUGGUGAUGAGACAUAUUAUCCAAAUCUCAUUAGAAUUGGGGAGGAGAUUGUGAAAAAAUGCAAAGGAGUUCCUUUGGCAGUAAGAACAUUGGGAAGCCUGUUAUUUCAGAAAACUGAUGAAUCUGAUUGGAUCUAUAUAAGAGAGAGUGAAAUAUGGAGACUUGAGCAACAUGAAAAUGAUAUUUUACCAGUGUUAAAGUUGAGUUAUAAUCAUUUGCCAUCUCAUUUGCAACGCUGUCUUGCUUUUUUGUCCUUGUACAAAAAGGAUCAGAUCUAUUAUAGUGACCAAGUCAUCCGUCUUUGGAUGGCAAAUGGAUUCCUUGAGCAUCCAAGGCAAAAUCAAGAGUGGGAGGAUGUUGGCAAACGAUAUUUGAAUGAAUUACUGUCAAGGUGCCUCAUCCAAAAGGAGGAGGAUUUUUGCUUGAAUUUUACCUUCAAAAUGCAUGAUCUGGUACAUGAUCUUGCAUUGGAUGUGUCUCAAAAAGAGUGUAAAACAGUGAAUUCCGAAACAGAAAUGGCUGAUGAAAAUGUUCGACAUUUAUUAUUAUGUGAUGAGAAAUUGGUUGAAGUUCCACGUGUUUUGGAGGAAAUGAAAAGUGUUCGAACAGUAAUCAUCCAAGAUGUUUCAAGGAGAUCAAAGAUUGUUGAUAAAUCUCUUAUAAAUCUUUGUGUCUCCAAUUUCAAGUAUCUAAGGGCACUAGAAUUAAGGAAUUCACCAUUGACGGCUUUACCGAAUUCCAUUUGCACCUUGAAGCACUUACGAGACCUUGAGUUGGUCCAAUGCAAGGGUAUACAGGAACUUCCGAAUUCUUUCGAUAAGCUUCGCAGCUUGCAAUCGUUAAAUUUGCGAGGUACUCGUUUGAAGCAGUUGCCUGAAAGUGUGCAAAGGUUGAUUGAGCUUAGACAUCUAGAAAUAACCAUUAAAGCUGAGCAUUUGAAAGAAAUACGAGCAGGAUGUUGGACUUCUCUUCAAUACUUGAAGUUGCAUAGGUGUUUCGAAUUAGAAUGUUUACCUGAAGGAAUGCAGUAUCUGAAGUCACUUCGAACACUUGUCUUGAAAGGCUGUAGUAGACUUGUCUCAUUGCCACGGAGCCUAAAAUUCCUAACCAAGUUAGAACACCUUGAAAUAAUUUUUUGCGACAAAAUCAAUUUAGAAAUGGAACCAAAAGAGGAAGAAGAUAGAGACCUUCAGUUGAGCCUUAAAACUUUCGAACUCUAUGAAUUAUAUGCCUUAAGAGAUUUGCCACAAUUGCUUCUUCAAGGAUCUUCUUCCACUUUGCAGCAAUUACGAAUUAGUUGGUGUCCAGAAUUGUCCGUUCUACCAGCGUGGCUACUGAAUCUCACUUCUCUUCAUAAACUUGAGAUUGAGUAUUGCUUUAAUUUGUCAGCUCCAGUAGAGGGAAUAGACCGCCUCACCAACCUUAGAGAAUUGGCAAUUCACGAAUGCCCGCAGUUGAGCAAAAGAUACAGACAAAAUGGGGGUGAAGAUUGGCACAAAAUUGCUCACAUCCAAAACGUUGUUAUUAAGGAUUAAGAUUGAGGCAUGUGGUAAAUUGAUGGAUGUCUCUUGUUUUCUCACAUCCAAAAUUGCUCGCAUAUAUAUAUAUAUAUAUUGUAUUACAAUAUGAUCCAAGAUUUCUAAUGUGGCCAUAUGGAAACAUCAUUACCCCGACUGCUGCGCAUGUAGUUCGGCAAGCUGGCUUGUUUCUUCUGAGUUGGCGUACAGCCCGUGCUGUUUAGGGUGUGUAGACCUUGAUAGCCUAUUGUGGAAGGGGUUGAUUGUUGGUGCAAGACUCCAUUGGAUAAGUUAAAUUGCAACAUUCAACGUAUUGCAACAUGUUGCUGCACAAUGAAUAAACUCAAAUACCUCAAGCUUAAAAAAAAAAAAAAAAAAAACCGAAGUUGCCAUUUGUUUUGUUUGUUUACCUCAACUUGGUUUAUGAGCUUUAAGGAAGACAAAAGAAAAUAAGACAGAGAACACGUUAAAUAAACUGUGCUUUUUUAUCUAAUGAAAAAAAAAA